AUGGCAGCUGCGAAGAAAGCAGUUUUGGAGCUGUUGGUGGGGGCAGUGGACCAGGGCACCAGCUCCACACGCUUUUUGGUUUUCAAUUCAAAGACAUCCGAGCUACUUUGUCAUCAUCAAGUGGAAAUAAAACAAGAGUAUCCAAGAGAAGGAUGGGUGGAACAAAACCCUAAGGAAAUUCUGCUGUCUGUCUACGAGUGUAUAGAGAAAACAAGUGAGAAACUUCAACGGCUCAAUAUUAACAUUUCCAACAUAAAAGCUAUUGGUGUCAGUAACCAGAGGGAAACCACUGUGGUCUGGGACAAGAUCACGGGGGAGCCUCUCUAUAACGCGGUGGUGUGGCUCGACCUCAGAACCCAGUCUACCGUUGAGAAUCUCAGUAAGAGGAUUCCAGACAAUAAUAACUUCGUCAAGUCCAAGACAGGCCUUCCCCUUAGCACUUACUUCAGCGCCGUCAAAGUCCGUUGGCUUCUCGACAACGUAAGAGAAGUUCAAACGGCUGUUGAGGAAGGGAGAGCUCUUUUCGGGACCAUUGAUUCAUGGCUCAUCUGGAAUAUGACAGGAGGAGUCAGUGGAGGUGUCCACUGCACCGAUGUGACAAAUGCAAGCAGGACGAUGCUUUUCAACAUUAAUUCUCUGGAAUGGGAUAAAGACCUCUGUGAAUUUUUUGAAAUUCCAAUGAACAUUCUUCCAAGCGUCCGAAGUUCAUCAGAGAUCUAUGGCCUCAUGAAAGUUGGGACCUUGGAAGGCGUGCCAAUAUCUGGGUGUUUGGGGGACCAGUCUGCUGCAUUGGUGGGACAAAUGUGCUUCCAGGAUGGACAAGCCAAAAAUACCUAUGGAACAGGCUGCUUCUUACUAUGUAAUACAGGUCGUAAGUGUGUGUUUUCAGAGCAUGGCCUUCUGACCACAGUGGCCUACAAACUAGGCAGAGACAAGCCCGUAUGCUAUGCACUGGAAGGUUCUGUCGCUAUAGCCGGUGCUCUCAUUCGCUGGCUAAGAGACAAUCUCGGAAUUAUAAACAGUUCAGAGGAAGUUGAAAAACUUGCUAAAGAAGUAGGUACAUCUUACGGUUGCUAUUUCGUCCCGGCGUUUUCAGGGUUAUAUGCUCCUUACUGGGAGCCCAGUGCGAGAGGGAUCAUCUGUGGGCUCUCUCAGUUCACCAAUAAAAGCCAUAUUGCGUUUGCAGCAUUAGAAGCUGUUUGUUUCCAAACCCGAGAGAUUUUGGAUGCCAUGAACCACGACUGUGGAAUUCCACUCAGUCAUCUGCAGGUAGACGGAGGAAUGACCAACAACAAAAUUCUUAUGCAGCUACAAGCAGAUAUUCUGUGUAUCCCAGUCGUGAAGCCCUACAUGCCAGAAAUAACUGCUCUGGGAGCUGCCAUGGCAGCAGGGGCAGCAGAAGGAGUUGGGGUUUGGAGUCUGGAACCCAAGGAUCUGACAGCCUUCACAAUGGAGCGGUUUGAACCCCAGAUCAAUGCUGAGGAAAGUGAAAUUCGUUAUUCUGUCUGGAAGAAAGCUGUGAUGAAGUCAAUAGGUUGGGUUACAACUGAGUCUUCAGAAAGUGGUGACCCUAGUAUCUUCUGUAGUCUACCCUUGGGCUUUUUUAUAGUGAGUAGCAUGGUAAUGUUCAUUGGAGCAAGGUACAUCUCAGGUAUCCCAUAA